AUGCCUCACUCCAUAUCGCCCAGUGCUGCACAAAAUGAUGAGGAAAUGCCAGACGCUCCUCCAGCGGAGACCUCAAUUGCGAAUAAUGUGAAAUUGGAGGAUAUGUUCGACGAUGAUGACGAUGAGUUCCCGGAUUCCGGAGAUGUGAAAAUGGAAUCCCCAGCUGCGAAAGAAGAGCCUCCGGCCCCUACACCCUCAGGCGUAGACUCGGAUGUCAUGCUUGCCUUCUAUCAACGACUUUUCCCCUUCCGAUACCUUUUUCAAUGGCUGAACCAUGGAAUCGUACCAACCAAGGACUUCGGUAAUCGCGAAUUUGCACUUACUUUGCAAAACGACGCCUACCUUCGAUACCAAUCAUACCCCACUGCAGACCUCUUCCGGAAGGACAUACUCAGGUUGAACCCUCCUCGCUUCGAAAUCGGGCCUGUUUAUAGCACCAAUCCACGCGAUCGCAAAACUCUACGAGGCGGGCAAAUGAAACCAGUAUCCAAGGAGCUGGUCUUCGAUAUUGAUUUGACUGAUUAUGAUGACAUCCGAACAUGUUGCGUCAAAGCAAAUAUCUGCGCUAAGUGCUGGUCCUUCGUCACAAUGGCAAUCAAGGUGAUCGACACUGCACUGAGGGAAGACUUCGGGUUUGAACACAUUCUCUGGGUUUACUCAGGUCGACGUGGUGCUCACGCCUGGGUGUGCGAUCCUCGCGCGCGCAAUUUGUCAGAUGAUCGACGACGAGCCAUUGCUGGUUACCUCGAGGUUAUUCGUGGAGGGUCACAAAGCGGCAAGAAAGUCAACCUCAAACGACCACUACACCCUCACAUCGUGCGCAGUCUUGAAUUGCUCAAGCACGACUUCGCCCGGACAACCCUCAUUGAUCAAGACACAUUUGAGUCUAUUGAGCAGGCAGAACGCCUUUUGUCUUUGUUACCCGACAAGGCGUUGAACGAAUCUCUACGAAGAAAAUGGGACUCCUCUCCAGAACGUGCCAGCACUAGUAAAUGGGCCGAUAUCGAUUCACUCGCCAAGACCGGGAAAAGCAGCACGCUCAACCCAGCCACCCUUCGUGAUGCGAAGCAAGAUAUUGUUUUGGAAUACACCUAUCCACGCCUGGAUGCCGAGGUCAGCAAGAAGAUGAUUCACUUACUGAAAAGCCCUUUCGUUAUUCACCCUGGCACUGGCCGUAUUUGUGUUCCCAUCGAUCCACACAAUGCCGAAAACUUCGAUCCUCUCUCCGUCCCGACAGUGAUGAACCUGCUCACAGAGAUCGAUGAAUACGAUGCGAAACACCCUGCUGGAACAGCGGAUGCUGAUGUUCCCGAAGUAGAAGGCAGUGCGAUGAACGGCUCCGACAUGAAGGGUGGUCGCAAGUUGCAGGACUAUGAGAAGACCAGCCUGAAGCCUUAUAUCGAUUUCUUCCGCUCCUUUAUCGCAGGUCUUUUGAAGGAAGAGCGUGCUGGAAAGCGGGAACGCGAUGAAAGUGGCCCGGCCAUCAAGUCCGAUCCCAUGGAGUUCUAG